UGUGCAGAUGAACCGCCUGGAGGAGCUUGGAACUCGCGUCACCAUGGAAGCGCUCAGUUUGCGACAUGUAUUCGCCAUUUUGCCUCCUCGGUGUGUGUGUUGUGUGUUGUGUGUGUGUGUGUGGGCUCCUCUCUGUGUGAAUACCUCCGUAGCUUUCAAACAUUCAACACUCCAGACAUACCAUCUGAAACAUCCACGGAAAAUGUCUGCACUAAGGAGAACCGUAGCCGCCGCAGCCUGACAUGGACAUUUGGACGACGUAACAUUAGAUAGACUUGUCGAGCGUGACGGAAGAGGAUCAGGAGAAAUGCGAGCUUGAUAACCAGGAGGGUGGUUUCCAUCACCAAAGACACCUCAGGAUGAAAUCCCGAAUUAAAGAGGAGGGAUAUUAUUGUCCUCUCGGGCUUGUGUUUGCUUCUUUGGAUUCUCAAUUUUGACAGAAACCAUAAGACCAUCAAUAAUGAUACCUGGAUUGAUCUCCCAGGAGUUACAUGAGCUGCUUCUGGACCUGAAGAAUUACCAAAAUCGCACAAAUGGGGUGGAAGAGCUUAAACAGAUCCUGUCCGAAGUGGACAUAAAAUCAGUCCCAUCCGGCAGUAUUUUGGAGUUCAUUAAUUUCCUCCCUCGGCUUCUGGAUGACAGUAAUUUUAAAGUGUUGUAUGGCACAUUACAAGUUUUAAACUUACUUAUUCAGAAGCUGGAUACAGGUGUAGACAGAUAUUUCAAGCAGAUAGUCUUAGUGGCUCUGAACACGCUAGGGGACACUCGCACCAUCACAAGAAGUGAAUACAUGAAUGUUUUCCGACAGCUGAUUAGAUCUGUUGCACCACAACAAGUAUUAGAUCUUGUGAUUUGCAACUUGAAACAAAAUAAUUCAAGGGUACGGGAAGAUGUCCUUAACAUCAUCAUGGCAGCUAUGCUCACUCAUCCUAGAAAAGAUUUCAACAUCCCCAAGCUUUGUUUUGAGGUUGCACCAUACCUGGCAGACAACAAGAGGAAGGUCCGCCACGCCGCCCUUGAGCUGUUUGCCAUUUUUGACUAUUGCCUUGACACAGGGAAAAAACAGCCUCUAAUGAAAGCUGUGGACAUGGUGGAACUCAAUGAGGAUGCAGAGGGUCUUAUGGCAGCUGUACAGGCAAGACGAGCAAGGCACGUCCUUCCUAAACUCUCCUCAGAGGGGAUAGUUGAAUAUGGCUUGGUGGUCCCCAAACCAGGACACCGGUGCACCCUGCAGCAUGGUUCUGGGGCCGAUCUGGACUGGGUGAUGAACGGAAGGCGGAUAAGCAGUGCCAGGAGCCACAGAACUGAACCAGACUGUGAGCGAUUGUAUGGCUAUGGUAGCUUAGGAUCCCUUACUGAUGACCUUCCUCUUCAAAGAAGGAUUGUCAGCGCGGGAAAAGGGAAAAACAAACUACCCUGGGAGAUGUCGGGCUUCUCAUCAAGUCAGACGGGCCAGCAUUUAAAUGGAAAGUGCUCUGAAAAGGUGGCCAGUGAGGAUUUCCUUCCCCUGUCUAGAAAGCUGAGUCCAGAGACCUACGUUCCCAGUUUCAGUCCUGCACAGCCUCCAAAGCCGCAAUCCCCCAGGAGGAAAGAGUCCCCUGCACGCCUCAGAAGAAGUGGAAGCCUCAACUUGGAUACUGACAUCUAUAAAAACAGCAACUUCUCUGACCAGGAUGUUGUGGCACCAAAGGGGCGCAUGCUCUCGAGGAACCCCAGUGUUGAGCGCACGUUCUCCCUCCCCGCGAACCCCACCACAUCUGGAUCCUUUCUCCUGCCCUCCUACCCGCUGGCGACACUCCCCGGAGGCAUGCUUACUCCGUCACUAUCCCGCCGCCACGCAGACUCCUCCCUCUCUAUGUCCAACACAUGGCCCAAUAAGAGAGAGAACUCCCCUCAGCAGCGAGACGGCAGCCCCUGGAGAGACACAGCCAGCACAGCGAAGGGAGAACCUCUCUCUAGCAGAUGCUCUCCCCGGCCUCUGCGUGCCUCCCUCAUGAGUUCUUCUUCCACUUCGUCGUUUCGCCGGGCUCUAAGCAGCACCAGGGCAACCCUUUCUAUCUCUCCUGUUGUACCAACAGCAGAGCAGGUACACUCCAAUAAUGGCCAGAGGCACAAUGCUACAGGAAGCCCUCAGAAUCAGCAGGUAGAAAAGGACCUUCAUGUUGACCCUGAUGCUCAAGAGGAUGACCCUCUGGACAUGCAGGAGAUGCUGAACUCCCUGCGCUCUUUGCGCAACAGCGCAGCAAAGAAGAGGGCCAAAGUGAGCCUGAGCAGUUCAGAUCCAGACAGCCCUGACUCCGCUGUGAGGCUGGACCUGGGCCUGGACUCGCCAUCACACACAUCUCCAAUGCUAACCAGCUCAACCUGUGAGAGUGGACUUUCCAGUCUGAGCUCAGUCGCCAACUCCAGCUUCAAUGGCAGCAAAGCCAGUUCAGGAAACUCUGCCUCUUCAGGAAUGAAGCCUCGCAUUGCAAGAGUGCCUUCUGCGAAACUGAGGUCUUCUGUUUCCAUGGACUUCAGCAGCCUUGAAGGAUUAUCUCAGACAAACGAACUGUCCUCCGAGGUGGGUGUUGUUGGGCAGAGAGUCACUUACUCCAACGGAUCAAUCAAAACUGAGGAAGACUCAACAGGACCCGCCCCUCCUUUGGUCAAACAGGACUCCCGGCAAUCAGUCAGAGCUCUGAAGCCUGCCAAAGGAUCUCAGAGCAACAUCAGCAGGAACUCACUAGCUACGGAUCUGCCUGAAGGAGUCAUUGGAAGAGGCGUGUUCGGCACUGCAGUGUCCUCGGGCCGUCCAGGAGUCCCCUCGUCACUGGAGCAGGGUGAUUUUGUAGCAAAACCCCCCCCUGACCUCUCAGCUGGCCUCUACAGCCAGGCUCUGUCUGGCAGCCGCCUGGACUGUGUUGACAGCCCCCGUCCAGAUGAGGCUAAGAGGGUGAAGAACGCGAGGUUCCACCGGGAUAAGAUGCGGCGGCAGGGUCUGGAUCAGCAGGAGGGGCAGUGCAGUCAAGCGGACGUCUCUCGAGACACCAUCCGCCACCGAGUCAGGCAGAUGCUGUCGGACUCGCCCACAGAGGAGAAUAGAGAGUUAAUCAUCAAAGAUCUGCAUCUGAACGGCAGCACACUGGCAUCCACCAAAGCUGAGCAUCUCUCCGAUGAGUCCCCUAUCAGCCCCACCAGCCCACUGGGACCCCAAAGCCCCAGCAAGUGCUUGACUCCUCCGCACCAGCCAAGCCCCCCCACAGUGCCCCCCAACUCCAAAAAUCAGUCCCGUCUAAGGAGGGCCCCUAGCCUCAGCAGAACCCGACCAUCACUUUCCCACAGCUCCGACGAGCUCUCCCCUGGUACUCCGGGACACAAGAAAACCCUCUCUGAGCUUCCUGAGCUGUGUCCUUUCUCCAAGCCUGACCUGGCACUGACGCAGAGCUUUAACCUGCUGAGCUCCGAGGACUGGGAGAAGAAGAUCGAGGGUCUGACGUUCCUGCGCAGUCUGGCUCACUACCACUCAGACACACUCCAGGGCAGGCUUCAUGACGUCUGCCUGGUUCUCAUUCAAGAGGUAAAGAACCUGCGGUCAAGCGUCUCCAAGGUCGCAGUGUGUACGCUGUGCGACAUGUACAGCCACCUGCAGAAGGCCAUGGACCAGGAGCUGGAUGGCACAGUCAAGGCUUUGCUGCUGAAGGCCGGGGAGAGUAACGCCUUCAUCAGGCAGGAUGUGGAUGCAGCACUGGACUGCAUGGUUCAGCACUGCACACCAACUCGAGGAAUUAAUGCUUUGCUCUCUGGGGGUCUCAGUAAUCUCAACCCAGUGGUGAGAAAAUGCACGGCCCAGCACCUGGCUAAUCUGAUGGAGAAGGUCGGUGCCGCCCGCCUCCUGUCCGGAGGUAAAGAUCUCACUGAUAGAAUCUUACCUGCCGUCACCAAACUCGCACAAGACUCCUCACAGGAACCCAGGUAUUUUGGGCGUCGAAUGCUGCUGUCACUGUCCUCCCACCCUGACUUUGACAAGAUCCUGGAGAAAUAUAUCCCCACCAAAGACCUGCCGGCAGUCCGAGAGACCGUCUUCACUCUCAAGACAAAGGGUCUUGGUGAGAUUCCUCAAGACUCCCAGUCAGCGAGGGGUAGACGCUCCCUCCCAGGCAGCGGGACAGUCAGGGCCUCGUCUCUCACCAGAGAGCCGCUCCAGCAGACCAACAGGGAGGCGAACACCCAUAACAGCUGCAGAUCUCAGACUCAGAGUAUUGCAGACAAGACAGAAUACAUCAAGCAGAUCUCAGGUCUGCUCGGUUCAAAGGACUUCAGAGAGAGGAUCAAGGGAAUCGACCAGUUAGCGGCUGACUGCCAGCACAACCCCAACAUGGUCAUCAAAAGUAUAUACCCGUUGUUUGAUGCUUUCAAGGCCCGGCUGCAGGAGUCCAACAGCAAGGUCAACCUGUACGCCCUGGAGUCCCUACAGAAAAUCUCCCACUUGAUGAAGGACAACCUGUCCCAAGUGGUCAACAUCCUGGUCCCAGCAAUCGUGGACAAUCACCUCAACUCCAAGAACAACGCCAUUUACUCUGCUGCUAUUGGAGCUAUUAAUGCACUUAUCCUAAAUCUCGAUAAAAGUCUUCUUCUUCAGCCCUUUUGCACAAAAGCCCAGUUUCUAAACGGCAAAGCGAAGGUGGAUAUGAUUGAAAAAGUUGCAGAACUUGUGACGGAGCUCUAUCCUCGCAAGCCCCAGAUGGUGGAGCAGAAGGUGGUCCCUCUGCUGUGGCACCUCCUGGGCACCUCCACCCACAGUGGCACCAUUCAUGGCCGGGGCGGCAGCGUGAGGGGUGCGACCGCAAACCUGUGCCAAGCCCUUCACGCCCACAUGGGGUCCAGCCUGACGGAGUGUGCUGCCUCCCAGCCUGCCAAUGUCCAUAAAGGUUUGAACGAGAUCCUGAGGAACGUAUCCUAAAGGUAAAACAGAACCCAAGCACGCCCUAAUGUUUGAAGAGAAGAACAUUAACACUGACCUUACUUGAAGACAGAGAUGUUCUACAUUUCUUAAUAGUGCCUGCACUUUUAUAUCAAUAAAGAGAAAGUCCUUUUAAAAGAAGGAGCUCUUAAUGUUGUCUCAGUGAGAUUUCCUCUGGUACGGAAGCAUGGUAACAUACAGACUUCAGGUCUGACACAUA